GACAGGAGCGUUAGAAAUGUUCGUUAUUCUUUAUUUCUGCUUUUCUGAGCGCUUAAUGACCAGCUUUACUACUCAUUAAAGAUAUAGUGAGCGGUUUUAUUAAUGAAAGAAUAAUCACCAUGGCAACCGCGGUAUUAAAACAAGCCGAGAGUGAGGAGCAGGAUUCAGAAAAGGAGAGACUGCUGACUGCUGUGACGUUCGAUGACGGCGUAAAUGACCGCAGCGACGGCGGUCACAGCAUUCCACCCUCACUAAACCUUCAGGGGUCUUUGUUCCCAAAACAAGUGCAGGAGGAGGAGGAAGAGGAGCUGCGCAGAAAGCUGAAGUACUUCUUCAUGAGCCCAUGUGAUAAGUACCACGCCAAGGGACGUAAACCCUACAAACUAAUACUGCAGCUGCUCAAGAUCAUUAUCGUCACCUUACAGCUGGUGAUGUUCGGGUUGAGUAAUCAGAUGGUGGUGAUGUUUAAGGAUGAAAACACAGAUUCCUUCAAGCAUCUCUUCUUACGAGACUACCAGGACGACUCGGACGGUCUUGCCGUACACACACAGAACGACGUGUAUCAGCACAUUAACUACACCAUCGAGCAGUAUCUCACGCUGCCUAAGAACGCUGUGAGCCAGUAUGCCUAUGUGAUGGGCUCAGGAGUAAACAAGAGCGCCCUCACUUUGUGUCAGCGCUACUACAAAAAGGGCAGCAUCCAACCCAUCAAUGACACCUUCAACAUCGAUCCUCACGUCAUCACCGACUGUAUAGGCGUGGAUCCACCUACAGACCCUUCAGCUCCUUUCCCUGAACUCUAUAAGAACUUCAGCCUUCAAUUCCACAAAUUGAUAAAUGUCACCAUCGAUUUCAAACUUAAGGCUAUAAACAUCCAGACCAUCCUCAACAACGAGAUUCCUGACUGCUACACCUUCUCCGUCACUAUUCUCUUUGAUAACAGAGCCCACAGUGGGAAAGUGAAAAUCAGUCUGCUUAACCAGGCCAGCAUCAGAGAGUGCAGCGAUCCAAAUGUGUAUGGACACAGGGAGAACUACUUGCGGGUGGCGUUUGAUGUGUUGGUGGCUAUCGUGUGUGGUCUCUCUUUGACACUGUGUGGACGAUCGAUACUGAAAGGAAUCAUCCUGCAGAAUGAGUUUGUGUGUUAUUUCAGACAGUCUCUGGGACAGCGUGUGUGUUGGGGAGAUCGUCUGGAGUUUAUUAACGGCUGGUAUUUACUCAUCAUUAUCAGUGAUGUACUUACCAUCAUCGCCUCCUUCAUCAAGAUCGGCAUCGAGACCAAGAACCUGGCAUCCUAUGAUGUGUGUGGAAUUCUGAUGGGCACGUCCACUCUGCUGGUGUGGGUGGGGGUGAUACGCUACCUCAGCUUCUUCCAGAAGUACAAUAUCCUGAUCAUAACUCUGAGAGCUGCGUUUCCCAACGUGAUCCGCUUCUGCUGCUGCGUCGCUGCCAUCUACAUGGGCUACUGCUUCUGCGGCUGGAUCGUUCUGGGACCCUAUCACACUAAGUUUCGUUCCUUAUCUACAGUGUCGGAGUGUUUGUUCUCGCUGAUAAAUGGAGAUGACAUGUUUGCGACAUUUUCAGAGGUGGAACGCAGCAGCACACUGGUGUGGGUGUUCAGUCAGCUUUACCUGUACACCUUUAUCUCACUCUUCAUCUACAUGGUGCUGUCCCUCUUUAUUGCCCUCAUCACAGGAGCCUACGAAACCAUCACUCAACAAGCUCAGGAGCCUCCACAUUCAUCAGAUCUUCAUGCGUUCAUCGCUCAGUGCACCGACACACCCACAUCAGGAAAGUUCCAGAGUCCGGACCAGCCUGAGUCCUGUUCUCUCUUCUGCUGCUUUAACUAGUUUGUGUGUGUGUGUGUGUGUGUGUGUGUGUGUGUGUGUGUAUAUGUGUACAUAUGUAUUGUAUUUAACUGUAUUUAUAGUGAAACAUGUAUAAUUAGUCAAAGAAAGGGAAGUCUCUGUGUGUGUGUGUGUGUGUGUGUGUGUGUGUGGGCAUAAAUGUGUAUAUAUGCAUUGUAUUUAUAUUUAUGCCCAAACAUGUUUAAUUAGUAGAAGAAAGGGAAGUGUGUGUGUGUGUGUGUGUGUGUGUGCGUGUGCGUGUGUGUGCGUGUGCGUGUGCGUGUGCGUGUGCGUGUGCGUGUGAUUGAUUUAUCACACAGUAGUGGUUUUAUGAUGUGUUCUAAAUAUUGAUUGUAAAUGAUCUGUUGUUCUUAUGAAAUGUAGUGAUGUACAUAUUCCAGACCUACGAAAGGUCUGACUUGAAUCGAUUUUCAUUGAUUUGAAGAUUUUAUUUGCUUGUUUUUAGUAACACUUCAGAAUAUUGAAGAUGUUAGUAAUGAAUUUUAGAAUAUUAGCUGCUUCACAUUAAUAUCCACAAUGUGUCGGCUACGUCAUUAAUAAUUCAGUUUGAUUCCACAUUUUAUAAAGGUAUAACAAAUGUACAUAAAACACACUUCAUAGGUAAUAACAGCAUUUUAGUUCCUAUAUUAAUGUAUUAAACAAACUACAAGAAAUCGGCAGCUUACUAGAUGUUUUUAUUCUGAAUCUACUAUUUAUAAAUAGCAACUUUUUUUAUUAAAAUCAGAUUCAAUGUAUCUCUGAGGUUUCGCUUUUCAUCGAGCCACACCAAGUUAUUCUGCUCCAAAAAGCAACUGCACUAUCACUCCAAAUAAAGAGGAUGAGUUGUUCUUA